CAGCCAACAGUGGAUGUAAUUUGACCUGAUGAUGGCACUGAAUAAAAAAUUAAGGGAUCAAUAAAAGUUGUUUGGAUACAUUUUCUAGGAACCAUGAGUGUCUCCAAGUGCCUCUCCCAUAAUUAGUAGCAUAAAUGUUGAGAUAUUGCUCAAGACAUGAAAUUUCAUCCAGUAGCUACAACUUAUGCAAGAUGCUAUGUCACAGUGCAGGGUUAUUUUUGUAUGUGUUUAUGCUGAGUAGCUGUGUGUGUUCAGCUGUUUGACAUCUUAAUCAUUCAGUCAUUUUUUGGUUUAAAUUUGAAAGAAUCUCACCCACAUUAAAAAUAUGACAGUAAUACGUUUUUUUAUGUGACCGAUGCAGAAACUGUUCCUGCCUCACAGUUUAUCCCAAGAGGCACACAUCUUUGUUUGUUUGAUUAAAGCAUAUCAAGUCAGACCAUUAAAAGUCUUCUGUCAAAGCUUUGGUGAAAACUGUGUAAACUGUGAUGAAUAAUUCAGAGACAACGAUCAUUUUACUUGAGUUGAGCUUGCUGGGUUGCCAUGGAGGAAAUGCAUGUAUUAUUUACUGGAGUGUGAGUGUGACUGUAAGGCAGCUUACAGACGCUCAGUCGUUUUUAGAUCUGUUCCAGCAGCCAGGAUUAAACCUGCUAGUAAUCCAUGGGAAACAAAAUAGUUUGUCUGAGCUGCAUGUUUACCUCUGCAGGAGAGGCAGGGAGCUACGGUUCUGUGCAGAGCAUGUAAUGUAGCAGAGGGCUCGCAAUGGAGGGGACGAUGCUGACGGAGGGGCAGGAGAAGCCCCAGAAGCGGGUGAGGUUCCGAGUGGCUUCUGGGAACAGCGGCCGGGUGCUGAAGGAGAUGUUCAAGGAUGAAGGGCCUUCGGACUCCCUGGAGUCAGACUGCACCAGCAGCUCUGACGCCGACAGAGCCAGCACCCCCUCCACAAGUGGAGAGCCGCACGGACACCUGUAUGGAUACAUGGGCUCGGAGCUGGACGACAGCGGGAGCGAGCCCGAUGACCUGCUCAUGUAUGCGGGGGCCACCAAGGACUGGUCGUUCACCACCAAGAGGGUCAACAUACUCAGUAAAAAUGGGACUGUGAGGGGGGUCAAGCACAAAGUCAGCGCAGGUCAGACGCUGUUUGAAAACCUUCCCAAUUGCAACAGUUUGGAGUUGUUGCUUGAGUUUGGGCGGAUUGUCAUCUACACAACCAGUUUCCGUGUGGUGAGGACGACCUUUGAGCGCUGCGAGCUGGUCAGAAAGAUUUUCCAGAAUCACAGGGUUAAGUUUGUGGAGAAGAACAUCGCUCUGAACAGUGAGUACGGGAGGGAGUUGGAUGAGCGGUGCAAACGUGUGGGAGAACCUCCUUCGUUACCAGUUGUGUUCAUUGAUGGACACUACCUAGGGGGUGCUGAGAAAAUACUCGGUAUGAAUGAAUCAGGAGAGUUUCAAGAUCUUCUGAUAAAAAUCGAGCGGGUACAGCAUCCCCAGACGUGCCAGUCCUGUGGGGGCUUUGCCUUCAUCCCAUGCCCAACGUGCCACGGCAGCAAGAUGUCCAUAUUUCGGAACUGCUUCACGGAUUCCUUCAAAGCCCUCAAGUGCACUUCCUGCAACGAGAAUGGUCUGCAGCCCUGUGUGAGCUGUAGCCGCUGAGGACGUAACGUGCCUGACCCUACGUCCUCGCUCACUUCUCUGCGACCUGAGACAGGACCCUGAACUGGACUGAAACACAGGCAGUGACGUGAAACACAGCAGGUCUCUUCUUCCAUGGCCAUUGUUAGUCAAACAAACAAGGAAUUUGUAAUAAAAUCUGUGACUUUGA